UAUUUCUACUGAGAGUCUCAGAGUCACUCGAAGCUAAAUCUGGGUUUAAGGUUUAUAGGCGAAGGAGUGAGUGUCUCCGUCCCUGAACACGCAAAUCUCAGUCUCGCUCGAUCGAAGCUAAGUGUUGGAGUCUUGAGCUUAUAGAAACUCAAGUAAUCAAGUUUGUCUAAUUUCAAUUCUCUAAAAGGUCAACAUGCAAGCUUUUCCUGGUGAAGGUGGAAGUGCUUUGUCAGUUGUCGGUCCAAGGCCUAUGGAAUGGUCUACUGUUCCAUAUAGUGGUCCUCAGGGUCCUGGGUCAAAUGGAAAGCAGCGGACCUCAAGUUUGGAAUCGCCAAUCAUGUUGCUGACAGGUCACCAGAGCGUUAUAUAUACCAUGAAGUUCAACCCAGCAGGAACAGUCAUUGCAUCUGGUUCGCAUGACAGAGAAAUUUUCCUCUGGAAUGUGCAUGGGGAAUGCAAGAACUUCAUGGUUCUAAAAGGUCACAAGAAUGCAGUUUUAGAUCUUCACUGGACUACAGAUGGGACACAGAUAGUCUCUGCCAGCCCUGAUAAAACAGUGAGGGUAUGGGAUGUGGAAACAGGAAAACAAGUCAAGAAGAUGGUAGAGCAUCUCUCAUACGUGAAUUCUUGUUGUCCUUCCAGGAGGGGGCCACCUCUUGUUGUCAGCGGCUCUGAUGAUGGAACUGCAAAAUUGUGGGACAUGCGUCAAAGGGGUUCCAUCCAAACAUUCCCAGAUAAAUACCAGAUCACGGCUGUCGGCUUCGCUGAUGCUUCAGAUAAGAUCUUCACCGGUGGUAUUGAUAAUGAUGUCAAGGUAUGGGAUUUGCGCAAAGGUGAGGUUAUCAUGACACUUCAAGGUCACCAAGACAUGAUUACUGGAAUGCAACUGAGUCCUGAUGGUUCCUAUCUUCUAACAAAUGCCAUGGACUGCAAGCUUUGCAUUUGGGAUAUGCGCCCAUACGCUCCCCAGAACCGCUGUGUGAAGGUGUUUGAAGGGCACCAACACAAUUUUGAGAAGAACUUGUUGAAAUGUAGCUGGUCACCUGAUGGAAGCAAGGUCACAGCUGGUAGUUCUGAUAGAAUGGUUUACAUCUGGGACACCACUUCUAGGCGCAUCUUGUAUAAGCUCCCUGGGCAUAACGGAUCUGUUAAUGAGUGUGCUUUUCAUCCCAAUGAACCUAUUGUUGGAUCUUGCAGUAGUGACAAGCAGAUUUAUCUGGGGGAGAUAUGAAGCUUGAUGUUUAGAACCUUGCCUAAUGAUAUGAGCAUGCUGAUGCUUUUCACAAUUAUGAGGAAGUGGUAAGGCUUAGAGAUACCUCAUUCCUUCUAUUUUCUGGUCUACCAAUUCAGUGACUGUAUAAUGUGGCAGAAUCGUUGUGUCCUCCAUUUGUUACUAAUUGAUAUUUUCUGGGAUUUGACAUUGUCCACUGUUUCAUACUGAAUUUCUGGGCCUUUUGUUUUA